AUGGACACGGCACUUUACACAGCAAAAGCCAAAGUUGCACCAAUCAAGAAGGAGCAAACCAUUCCAAGGCUAGCACUGCUGUCUAUAUUUAUCGGACAAUUCGUUGCGAAAACUACUUUGUCCAAGCAGCACAAGACAGUAUCACCAAUUGUCACCACCUUGGCUCAAAAGAUCGGAUUUGCUGCAGAAAGAAUAGGAACAUCAGCAAAGCUGAAUUUCUUCCAUGUUCUGACAAAAGAGAACUCAGCCGACUAUGCCACGAAGGAGAUUGACAAGCACGACUUCUAUGGAUGCAAAUGGUGGAAAGGAUCAAAUUGGCUCAACUAUCCCCAAGAACAU